UGGGAGAGGUCUGUGUGCACGGAGCACAUGAAAACGCAAGGAAGAAAGGAGCAGAACGCUGAAAUAUUCUACCCUGGGUGAAAAGGUGUGAGCCCACUCCUCUGUAAGAAAGAGCCGGAGAGCAGAGAUUGGAUACAAUCAGCUUUUUGCGAAGAAGUAUCGCAGUUUCAUAGUCCACCAUGGCGGACGAACAAGAGAUAAUGUGCAAGCUAGAAAACAUCAAAGAAAUAAGAAAUAAGACAAUUCAGAUGGAGAAGAUCAAAUCUCGACUGAGAACUGAGUUUGAAGCUUUGGAGUCAGAGGAGAAGCACCUGAGAGAGUAUAAACAGGAAAUGGAUCUGCUGCUGCAGGAGAAAAUGGCUCAUGUAGAAGAGCUGCGUCUGAUACAUGCUGACAUUAAUGUGAUGGAAAACACUAUCAAACAGUCUGAAAGUGACUUGAACAAACUGCUGGAGUCAACCAGACGUCUCCACGAUGAGUACAAGCCUCUGAAAGAACACGUGGAUGCCCUGAGGAUGACCCUCGGCUUACAGAGACUCCCCGACCUCAGCCAGGAAGAGGAGAAGCUCUCAUUGGACUACUUUGAAAAGCAAAAGGCUGAGUGGCAGACAGAACCCCAGGAGCCUCCUAUACCAGAAUCCUUAGCGGCAGCAGCAGCUGCAGCCCAGCAGCUUCAAGCUGCACGGAAACAGGACGCCAGGCAGACAGCGACGUUCCGCCAGCAGCCGCCACCUAUGAAGGCUUGUCUGUCCUGCCACCAGCAAAUCCAUCGGAAUGCACCAAUCUGUCCCCUCUGCAAAGCCAAAAGUCGCUCACGCAACCCUAAAAAACCCAAGAGAAAACCUGACGAGUAAAA